GAAGGAGCUGUCAGAGGAGGGCGCUCUCGCAGGAGCUGCUUCACAAGAGGUCCAACAUGGAGCGGCUCGGGCCUUGGCCCAACACCACCGCGGACGCCGAAACACUUGUCGUCGCCACCUUCGAUUACCCUCCGUUCACCUUCGUGAGUCCAGACCAGCCGGGCGUGGUCACCGGCUACCUCAAGGAGCUGCUGGAGAUCCUGGCAGAGGAGGUGGGCGUCUCGCUGGUGUACGACACAAACAACACGGUGGGCGACUUUGGCGUGCAGCGACCCGACGGCACGUACAGCGGACUGGUCGGCAGGCUGGUCAACAAGACGGCGCACAUCGCCCUGGCGCCGCUGACCUACCGGAGGACGCGCCGCGAUGUGAUCGACUACAUCGGCCACGUGCCGGUGGCUACCCAGCGGUUCGACUUCCUCGUGCCCGGACAGAAGCGCGCCUCGCUGACCAACGUCCACUCGCUGCUGAAGCCGUUCGACAUCGGCGUCUGGAUCUGCCUCGUGGUGGGUAUGCUGCUGGCGGCCGUGCUGCUCCGGCUGACCGUGUCCCUGGCCCGGCCCCGACACCCGGAGGAGGCCGGCACGUUCGGCGUCAUCUCCAGCUUCCUGCACGUCUACGCCUGCGUGGUGCAGCAGGGCUGGUCGAGCACGCCGACACGCUGGUCUCCGUGGCUGGUGAUGAUGGCUGCCCGCCUGAUGAGCUACAUCGUUUACGUCGAGUACACGGCCACCCUGGUAGCCGUGAUGACUGUACUGCAGACCAGGACGGAGGUCGGAUCCGUGCAGGAGUUCGUCGAGCGCAGCGACUGGUCGCUGCUCAUGCAGAGGGGCGUGGCCUACAGCUCCGACUGGAAGAGGGGUGUUCACGGGCACCGCACACUGCUGCGUGCGCUGUGUGCGACGGAUCCUGACCCUUCCCUGAGGAAGAUCGCUCAGCGAAUAAAGGCCAACGAGGGCAUGAAGUUACUAACAGCCAACACGUCGUAUCAAAUGCUGGACGCUAAAACAGUCACAUCGUUUGACCUAAAACAGGCAUUUUUCCUGCUGGGUUCCAAGGCGUGUGAUCUGGUCACGCUGCCGAUGCGACCUGUGACAUCCAACGCCGAAAUGAUCCAGGCAGGGCACGGCCGAUACACGCCCGUCUUUCUCACCAUGCAGAAAGGACUGAAAAUCCGCCCAAAAAUGGAUAGGGUGAUGAGGCGGAUGUACGAGACGGGGAUGGUCCACCGGUUCUAUCGCCAGUGGUACUGGGACGCCACCACCAUGAAGUGCGACUCGGCCGGCACUCUGCGGGCCCUAUCCAUCUUCGACAUCAGCGGCAUGUUCUUGGUGAUGCCGGCAGGCGUGGCGCUGAGUGUGGUGCUGCUGGUGCUGGAACACCUAAUAAUGUGGUGCUCUAACCGGGCGGACAUCCGGUACAGCUCCGACGCCUGGUUCUACCGCCACGGUACCGACCAUCGACUGUGGACGUGAAUCUCUCUCUCUCUCCCCCCCUCUCUCUCUCUCUCUCUCUCUCUCUCUCUCUCUCUCUCUCUCUCCCUCUCGCUCUCACUCUCUUUCUC